AUGGAACAAUCAAGUCCCCUCAUAGAACAGCCUGGCACCCCUAAACGUCGCCGCACCACUCCUCUGACUAGGGAUGAUCGGUUGAGGAUCCAUACAUUAUGGAAAGCUGGUCUUAAACAGCAAUGGAUAGCAGACCAUCUUGGCUUCAAACUUCGCCAAGUGACAUACGUGCUUAGCGGACCCGUAACACCACGAAAGAAGACUGGUCGACCUAAGAAAAAACCAGCGUCAGAGGAGGAGGUGCAGGAACUCAGAGAUGGGCUGCAAAAUUUGAACAGCAGACUACUCGAGUUGCAGCACGGGGUGCAAAGUCCUAGUAAUGGGCAAAAAAGUAUCAAAAACAGACCGGACAGUUUCAGAGGCAUGCCUAAAGACAUAGAUCAUUGUCUACAGAACGUAAAGCAUCACCCACAACAUUUUCAGCAAGUUCCGCAGCAAGUAUACCAUGGCCAUCAUUUGCCAGGACAUGUCAACCAGGUGCCACAACAAAUAUACCAUCAUGAGCUACCAGGGCAAGCCCACCAAGUGCCGCAACACCCACACCAGGGGCUUCCACAACACCUUCAGCAGGUACCACAGCAGAUUUAUCAAGUGCCACAACACAUCCAUCCAGUACCACAGCCAAUUCACCAGGCACCGCAUCAAGUCUACCAGGCGCCGCAGCAGAUCCAUCAGAUACCACAGCACGUAUCCAAAGAGCUACCGCAGCAAAUACCAGGACUUCGGGCGUCCCCGCAGCAAGUACCAGGAAUCCAGCAGCCACAACAGCCAGUACCAAGACCCGAGCAGCUGCAACAGCAAGUAGUUCCAGAACCACAAAAGACGCCAGAAAUCCAGGAACCGCAGGCACAAAGAGAUCAAGAUUUGCAAGAUGCAAACAAAGAGACACAACCGACGGUUGAAGACAAAGAACCGGAAAAACAUUCUGUAGACAAGGACCGGGAACAGGAACACAUCGUUCAGAAGCCGCAAAAGACAGGCCCGCACAAGACAGAGCAGGAGCCUCAACACCCUCAAAAGACACAGGACCACCAAGAACCAGAGCAUACAGACAACGGAUCGCAAGAUACAAACCCCGAGUCGCCUGAAGAAUAA